AAGCCUUUGGCAACAUAAUGUUUCUUUAGGAACGUCUACUUCAGCUGAUCGCUCCAAGAAACCGUUUCAUAAAAUGGCAGUGCAUAGGCAGAUUAAAUAAGCCGUUGGCAAAAUAGUGUAAAAGAGUGGAAAUUAUAAACAUUUCGUAAGCACCGAGUUGCACAGUGCGAGUGUUGCUAAUUGUGUUCGGUUUUAUAUUACUCAGUGAAGAAGUAAUUUUUUUUAUUGUCACAAUAAACAUACAAAAGCACACAAUGUUAUAGACAUUAUGAAAAUCUGAAAGUCAAUAAUGGCACCACGACGAGCAGAAGAGAUACCUCUUAAAAGAAUUGCAGCAUCAGGUUGUCGUUUACCAGAAAGAUUACCUCCUGGAGAAAUACUUACUGAUAUCACCCAAAAUCAAUGGAUGCUAGGAGACUCCAUUGGCUGUGGAGGAUUUGGGGACAUAUAUUUAGCAUCAAACGAUACGACGAAACCCGUUGGACAAGAUGCAAAAUAUGUAAUUAAGAUCGAACCUCAUAAUAAUGGACCAUUGUUUGUCGAGAUGAAUUUUUACAUUCGAGUAGCUCGCAAGCAUAAGAUUGAAAGCUGGUGUAAAUCACAAGGUAUGCGCAGAAGGGGCAUUCCCACAUAUGAAGGUUCAGGUUCUCACACGUAUCAAGGACAACGAUACAGAUUUUUGGUAAUACCACGAUAUGGUAUUGACGUCGGUAAAGUGUUUCUGGGACAUGGUAGAAAACUUCCAGCGAAACUGGUUUAUUCACUAGCUGUACAAAUGCUAGAUGCAUUGGAGUACGUUCACAGCCACGGUUACGCUCAUGCUGAUGUCAAAGGAUCAAAUAUUUUGUUUGAAUUGAAUGGCCGUAGUGUUGGGGCGGAACAUCCUCAAGCAUAUUUGGUAGACUAUGGCCUGGCGUACCGUUUUCAAACAAGAUCCGGUGUUCACAAGCCAUUCGUACAUGACGAACGUAGAGCUCACGAAGGGACAUUGGAAUUCACCUCACGAGAUGCCCACCAUGGGACACAUUCAAGGCGAGGAGAUCUAGAAACUUUAGGCUAUAAUUUAUUACAAUGGCUCUGUGGAAGAUUACCUUGGGAAAAGGCAGAAGGCGGUAUGCCUGCUGUUGUUAAUCCUGAGGAAAUUCAUGCCCAGAAGGAGAUCUUACUGACGGACGUACCACUAUUUAUGCGCGAAUGUUUUCCACAUAAAAAAAAACCACCUGCGGUCAUUACAGAAUACAUGGAGUAUAUUGCUGACUUGAAAUUCGAAACGCGGCCAAAUUAUUCUUACCUGCGAUGUCUGUUCGCGCGCGGCAUCACGCGAGAUGGACCGAUGGCGUCAUUACCUUUCAUUAAACGAUCUUCUAAUGAGAAUUUGUCAUUUGCCAAACUCGAUAAGAGACCCUACCUACGAGAGAGAAGACCCUGUAAACCCGUAAAUGGCGAGGCAAGAAUGACAAGAAAUACUCAGCCAAUAACACCAAGGAAAGAAUUCAGCUGGGAAGCUGUGCUCGCACGGCAUCCUGAUAAACUUGCUAAGAUAAGUGUGCAGCCUCCAGCAUCACCUCUGACACCGCCCCCAUCACCGCCACCGCCAUCUUUGCCGACUUACGCUAUGCUACAAGUCAUCCAGAAAAUGAAAGAUCGUCAAAUGGGAAUCGUUAAACACAAGAUGUCUUUAAAGUCUCAAGACAACGACCUAAAACCAAAAUGGAUGACACCAGCCAUGGAGGAGGUAGCGCGAAUUAGGAAAAAAACAGCACAGUUGCCAAUCGAAAUAUCCAAUUUUAUUUCUUCACCGUGCUUUUCCCCUCGACUGACCCGCUCCCGCUCAGCGCAAUUGAAACGUCUCACUAGCACCGCCGCUGCAAAGAAAGUCCGAAACUGUCAUUCACGAGAGACGGAACUAGUGAAAAUAAAAAAAGGGAAGAACUUGGAUCUAAAUAAAAACUAAUCCUAUUACGUUUAAUCGAACUUUAACUUUGAUUUUUUUAAAUGCGACUUUUAAUGCCAAGGCGUCACCGAAAUUGAUGGAUAUAUCGUUGAUUAUUAAUUAUUAACAAUUUCCAAAUUUUUAGGUUAAGCUAAAUAAUUUGUCAGUCAUUAGACGGACAAUAAGGUGAGGCGACAUUUGUGACAUCUGUCUCACAAUCUUAAUAAGACUGCUUUGUCAUCACAGUUCGUUAAAUGCAAAACGUUUAUUAAUUGACACGAGAACCAUUUAAUGCGCUGUAUACAUUGAACAACUAGUUAUAGUGACAAUAGUAAUAACUAUAAUCUUUCCUUUUUCUAUUACGAAAAUUACAAUCUAAUUACAAUGAAUUAUGUCACUGUGAGGCGAUUAUAAAUAUUUGCAAUUCUUCCCUCUCAGGGUGUUAAUUAAAGAUGAUAUAUUGAACUAGACAAAUGAUUAGGGAAGAGAUACAAUCGGUAUUAUGACGUGUAACAGACUUUUUAAAUCCAUUUUAUACGUUACUGUUGAUAUCAAUUUGUAUAUUUGUAUAAUUUCAUGAAAUCGUCACUCACAAAACAAUACCAUAACAAUGUCUUCGUCUCGCUUAUACAAGAUAAAUAGCAAUAUUUUUACGAAUAAUAAAUCUCCCAUGAUUAUAAAAUUUUAUAUACACUUGCAGUGAUAUAUAUUUAAAAAACGAAGAAACUAGAUUUAUCUUUUCUUCUCUGUGAGACAGAAGGGAUGAUUUCAUGACACGAAAGUUUGAAAAUCAAAUUGUAGUAUUUGUUAACAUUAGGACAGUGCGCUACAUAAUAGAUCUAAUAUCAUUAAUGAAAUAAUUGCGACAAACAAAUAUAAAUGUGGGUAUAUGUAUAAAUUAAUUAUGAUAUAAAAUCAUUACGUUUACAUAGCGCUCGAGGUAAUGGCAUAUAUCCAUUCUUUAAAACUCGACCAGAGUAUUCUGGGCGUAUUUUCCAUUAGAUAUCCCGAUAAAGUUACAUUCAUGCUCUGGAAUAUCUUCUAUUUUUCUCUUCUUAUAUUUUCAAUAAGAUAACUGACGCAGUAUAAAAUACCCUAGACUCCAUAGUGAAACUUACUAUGUUAGUCUAUUACGUAGGACAUGAUCGAAGAAUGAAUUGUAUUGUUUGAGCAAUCAAGCUUAUCUGUAAAGAUAUCCAAGAUGGCAUAAAUGUAAUUGAUAUUAAAAAGAAACUUAUGUUCGUCCCUGUUGGAUGAUUAAUGCUUCUGAAAUUAGUGAGCUCGUGAAAAGUAUAAAUGCAUAGUAUAAGAGUGAAGAAAAAUUUAGUUACAUGGCUACGAUCUUAAAAAUGUAUCUAAACUAUUGCGACCGUAGCUUAAUAAAGGUGUCUUGAUUAUCCACAAUGAAGAAGUACGAAUAAAUAAUGCUUCUAGUUUGCAAAUACGGUUUAGAGAAUUCGCAAACAUUAGAGUAUAUCCUAUAUAUAUAAAACUUUUUCUCCAAUUAAUAACUUCAUCGUACAAUGUGAUCGUUGUUAGUCUCCUUUGAUGAGUUGCAUCUUCCUAAAACAGGACCCGAAUGGACCAAUCGGACGUCUAGUUGAAGUGAGAGAGUGUUUUUUUUUUACAUUAGAAUUAAAUAGAUAAAUUAUAAGCUAUUACAAGAAGAGGCGACUUUUAUUAUGAUUAUUGUUAUCGCUGAAUAUCUUUUUUUUUUAUUUUACGUGUACUCGAGAAAUUGCUCUAUAUGAUAAUUUGUAAUUGAAUGUCGCUUCUGUGGAAAAGAAAAGCAUUCUAUUAUCAAUUAUCCAUUCAUGUAUGUACAUAGAGAAAUACACGUUAGAACGGAA